CCCUUUUAAUCCCCUCUCCAGCCAGGCAGAGGGCAGGGCAGGCCCGAGGCAGGACAGGACAGGACAUGGCUGACCAGCGCUGGGUCCGGCUCUCCACUGACCAGGCCACCAACACCCUCUACGUGCUGGACACCGAGCUCUCCCUGGACGUCUGCGGCGCGGCCCCUCCUGGUGCCAAAACCUUUGACGUCUGGGGGUCACCCGGGGUCAACCUGUACAUUCUCCACAAUGGAGAGGUUGUGAAGGUGCCAUCGUGCGUGCCGAGAUGGCCACUGACCACCAGGGUGGAGGUCAUUGUGACGAUGGACAGCCCGAGCACCAAAGUGGACGACGAGAAGGUCAGGAUUUUGUACUACAAGGAAAAUGCAAAGGCAGCCAUGGCCAAAGCCAACCUCCUCCUCACCUGCAUCCAAGUUUCUCUGGAUGCGGAUACGACUCGCACCGGAUCGGUCACCAGAAGAGCUAAGAACAAGAAAAAAUGGACUUGGGGCCCGAACGGCAGCGGAGCCAUCCUCUUGGUCAACUGCGACAGGGACGACCCCAAAGCAAAAGACAUGGACAACGCGGACCAGCGGCUGCAGAGCUUCAUGGACUUGAAGGACAUGUCCCUCAUGAUCCUGACCACACGUGGCCCUGAGGAGGUUUUCGAGGAGAACCACCUUCUUCUCCGCAUCUCGGCCUCGGACAGCGACAAAGUGGGUGUCUUCCAUGCUCAAGGGAAAAAGAAGCUGAACCAAUACAAACACGUCUUGGGCUCUGGAAAGAUCUCGUACCUGGUGGAACGCUCCAAUGGCCAAGUGGAGACCAUUUUCUAUGUGGAAGGGUUGGCGUUUCCGGACGUCAACUUCUCAGGGCUGGUGUCCAUUCAUGCUACGCUCCUUGAAGCCACCACAAAGGCCUUACCCGAAGCUCCCAUUUUCAACGACACGGUGGUCUUCCGGACGUCUCCUUGGAUUAUGACCCCCAACACGUUGCAGCCCAUAUCCGUUUACAUCUGCAGUGUGCAAGACAACCAUGACUUCGUGGCAGAUGUGAGCAAGCUGGCCAAGAAAGCUGGCUGCCAACUGAUCAUCUGCCCAGAAGUGGAGAACCAUGGUGACCGCUGGAUCCAGGAUGAGAUGGAGAUUGGCUACAUCCAAGCUCCCCACAAGACCUUUCCAGUUGUGUUUGAUUCCCCCAGGAACCGAGAACUGAAGGAUUUCCCAUUCAAAGGUGUUCUGGGUCCCGAUUUUGGUUAUGUGACCCGGGAAGCCAGGGAGAAAGAUGUCUCUGGAUUGGACUCCUUCGGCAACCUGGAGGUCAGCCCUCCGGUGACCGUCAAGGCCAAAAAGUACCCCUUGGGCCGGAUCCUCAUCGGAAGCGCCGUUCCUAGUCCCAGUGGCAAGGAGAUGGUCCGGGUGGUGCGGGACUUCCUCUACGCCCAGCGAGUGCAAUCUCCCAUCGAGCUGUAUUCCGCUUGGCUUCUCGUGGGGCACGUCGACGAGUUCGUCAGCUUCGUCCCAGCCUCUGACAGAAAGGGUUUCCGCCUCCUCCUGGCCAGCCCCAGCGCCUGCUUCAAACUGCUGCGGGAGAAGGAACAGGAAGGCUAUGGAAACGCCCGGAUGUUUGAAGGGGCGAAGGAUAAGGACAAGGUCUCCAUAAAGAAGAUCCUGGCUGACAAAUCCUUGAGGAACAACAAUGAGUACUACCAGAAAUGCAUCGACUGGAACCGGGACAUCCUCAAGGAAGAGCUGGGCCUGACGGAGGAAGACAUCAUCGACAUCCCACAGCUCUUUGCUCCAAGCUACGCCACCAAAGCCGUUGCUUACUUCCCGGACAUGGUGAACAUGCUGGUACUGGGGAAGCACCUGGCAGUGCCCAAGCCCUUUGGCCCGAUCCUCCACGACCAGUGCUGCCUCGAAGAGGAGGUCCGCCGCCUCCUGGAGCCACUGGGCCUCUCCUGCACCUUCAUCGAUGAUUUCCAACCAUACCACCUCCGCUACGGGGAGAUCCACUGUGGCACCAAUGUCCGGCGCAAGGCCUUCACCUACAAGUGGUGGAACGUCAGCCCUUGAGGAGGCGGCGGCGGCGGCGGACGCUUCGUGUCGCUCGCCUGCUUCCCUUUGCACUUCCCAAAUCUGAGGAACAACAACACACGAAGCCGACUCCACUGUGGACUUCCUUCAUUCACACUCCCUGGUCCUAACGUCAGCUAUGGAGGCCCACCAACACAUUUCAUGCCUGUGAUGGACCCAUUAAGAUGAUUUAACACGAUUUUUGUUCCUGGGUUAUAUUUUUUUUGCUGCAUAGUUUUUACAA